UUUCAAGAAGUGUGCUUUUUUAUGUUGCUGCACCCUGUUCCCCCGUGUCGUGUCUCUGCGGUGCCCUCAGGGGGAGAAACUUCUCCAAUCUCGCCAAAUUGGUGUGGUGACCAGUUAGUUGCUCGGAUCCCGCCCAGAGGAGUGGCUCGCAUCUUCUCCCGAGUCCUGAUUCUUGCAGCGAGGGUUUACAAGGAGCUUUAUCUUCUAGUCAUCGCAGGGAUUUCCGGAGAUUUUCCCCUAAUCAACGGAAACCCUGCCUGCCGUGGGAAUAAGCAGCCUUAAUCCUGCUGAUGCUAGUUAGUGCACAGUCGUCAUCGAUCAAAGGGCAGGUCUUCAUCAAACCCCACCUAACUCACUGAUCACACCAGAAGGGAAGCCCUUAUAUACAUAUGGCCCUCAAGACUCUGCAAGUUUCAUCUAAUUUAGCGAGGCCAAGCACCUACAGUUUCAUUGCAUCAUCGCCUUGGUACCAGCCAAAUCUCCCGCAGAGACUCGACGCAAGAAUCGCCGCAAAGAAGCACCAAAAGGGUAGUGCAUCAGUCCUGAAAUGCAGAGCCAAUCUGCACGGUUGCAUGGAUGAGGUUGUUCAGCCUCAGAGAGACCAGAUUACUGAAAUCCCCAUUGUCGUGUACCCAUCAGUGGUCUUCCCAGGAGCGACGCUUCAGCUGCAGGCAUUCGAGUUCAGAUACCGUAUCAUGAUGCAGACCCUUCUUCAGGAAGGCCUCAAGUUUGGGGUCGUCUACUCAGGCAAAAACGGCAGGAUGGCAGAUGUCGGGUGCAUCGUCCAUGUCAUCGAAUGCGAGAGGCUCAUCGACGACCGGUUCUUCCUCACCUGCGUAGGUGAAGACCGCUUCCGGAUCAUCGAGAUUGUCAGGACAAAGCCCUAUGUGGUUGCAAGAAUUCAGGUACUGGAUGACCAGCCCAGCUUUGAGCCCAAAGAUGAUCUGGGGAACCUGAUGCAGCAGGUGCAACAGCACCUGAAGAAUGUGGCCAUGCUUUCAGACAAACUGAACCAGAAACCAAGGGGAGGCCAUCAGGCUGAGCCAAUCUCCAGGGCGAACUCUCCUGUUUCGUUCUCCUUCCUCGUUGCGAGGUCCUUCGUCAAUGAUCGUUCGGAGCAGCAGGCGCUGCUCCAGCAGGACGACACCAUGCAGCGAUUGGCGCGGGAGGGGAGGUACCUGGAGCGCAGGAGCAAGUACCUGGUGGCCAUUGCAGCGAUCAAGGGCGCUUUUGAGCACCUGUCCUGCAACGAGAAGUAGGAGCUACCUGUGCAUUUUGGAGGUGUACUGCUGCUGCUAGAUAAGUAGAGAUCACCGUCAAGAGUAAAUAAGCUUUCAGACUGUCAUGGUCACAGGUUGUCUCUGGUUUUGCUUCAGCUUCAGCUGCUGCUGCUGCUGCUAUGUAUACUGUACAUUCUUGCAUGACCUUUCUGUGCUGCAACAUUUGCUGCUACUUCUUGAUGUACUCACGUAUGUAUCUAUGCGCACUGUCUGCUCCACAGAGGCUAUAGAGUAAUGAGUAUACAGCUGAGUUUUGCUUUGCCAGGCAA